AUGAAUGUGAUCUUGCUCAGGAGAGCCUUCAGGAGAGAGAGGGUCUUCAGGGACCGCUCAGACCCACUGCACUUCUCUGAUGACCACCUGUAUGAAAGAUAUAGGUUUUCUGCAGAUGGCAUCAGAUAUCUGUGCAGACUGCUGGGUCCCAAGAUCAGACACCGCACAGUGCGGAGCCAUGCACUGAGUGUCACUCAGAUGGUUUGUGUGGCCCUGCGCUUCUUGGCCAGUGGAGGUUUCCUUUACUCUGUGGGGGAUGCAGAGCAACUAAGCAAGGCCACAAUUUGCCACACUAUAAGGAGUGUGUGUCUGGCGCUCACAGCAAUGUCGGAUGUCUUCAUCUCCUUCCCUGGGCACAGAAGACUCCACCACAUCAAAGAGGAGUUUUACAGGAUUGCAGGUUUCCCCAAUGUCAUUGGUGCGUUGGACUGCACCCACAUAAAGAUUAAAUGCCCCUCAGGUGCCCAGGAGGCGGAUUUUGUGAAUAGGAAGUCCUUUCACAGCAUUAAUGUUCAGAUGGUCUGCAGUGCUGACUGUGUCAUCAGCGAUGUUGUGGCUAAGUGGCCUGGCUCGGUCCAUGACUCCCGAGUCUUUCGGGCAUCUGGAAUCUAUCAGCGCCUAUCGCAGGGUGAAUUCUCUGGUGUGUUGCUGGGGGACAGGGGGUAUGCCUGCCAGCCUUUUCUCCUAACACCAUAUACAGACCCCCAGGACGCACAGCAGGCCUACAAUCAUGCCCAUGCCAGGACGAGGGCCAGGAUUGAAAUGACCUUUGGCCUCCUGAAGGAACGCUUCCAAUGUCUUCACCACCUAAGGGUCAGCCCUUCAAGGGCAUGUGACAUCACUGUGGCCUGUGCCGUCCUCCAUAAUGUGGCCUGUCUGAGGAAGGAGAGGGCCCCCAGAGUCAUGUCACACAUGGACUGGGACAAUCCUGCCAUUUUCCCCAAUGAUGACAGUGGUCGGCUGCGACAGAAUUCCUUCCACAUCACCACCUACUGUUUCGGCCCUGUCACACCCACCUGUGCUCGGGCACGGGCCAUGGUACAUGCCUUUGAACGAAACAUCUCCAGGAAAGGUGUGAACGUACCCAAGUACGGUGCAGACACGGGUACACUGUGUGAAAAUGCCCUUCGUUUAGUGAAGUAG